GGCGGGUUGCUGUUCAGUGCUGAUUCUAGCGGCGCGCGGACUGCGGUGAGCACUGACAGGUUUUGCGUACGAUUGACGUCUCUUCCUCUCUUUUUUCGCUCUCUCCCAUUUCUCCCUCUAUCUCCAUACCGUCUCCAUCCAUUCCCCAUCACACCAGACCUCGCGGAAACAAGGAAAUACACUGCUGGAAUGGAUUAAUAACGCGCAGGUGACAUGGACGCAUGAUCGGAAGGAUGGAAUCGUUUCACCUGUUUCUCGGCAUCCUUGCGUUUCGGGCCAGUCUCGCCUCCGCGGCAGAUCGAAAAUUCGGCUGCCUAUUUGAGGAGGGUCUGUGUCUGAACUAUGAAGUCUGUCUUAACGAUGGCAUGCUCGGCCGCUGCGAGGCUGCUCCAUUAACAGAAGUCUACACAUACGACGUCACGCCAGCAACGGUACAGAGAUUCCGCAUGCUGCUUCAGAGACUGGCUCACAGAGGGCUGUCUUGGGAAGAUGACGUCACUCAGCAGGUUUUAGCAAGCGAGUUCUCCAAACUACGCAAAGUUUCUCUUCCGUUACCAGAGCCCAGGCCGCAGGGUUAUGGAACUGCUGUUGGUGACAGGAGAAUGAAAUCAUCAGAGGCUGGGGUUAGGAAGACUCUGAAAUACCUGCAGCACCUGGGACUGCUACCAAAAACAUCUCACAAGGUGAGUAAGGGGGCGGAGCUUCAGUAUUAUCGCCCUGGAGAAGCACGCCCUGCGACUGACUCCUCCCCUCCUGAGUUCAUUCCAGAGGUGCCCUAUCAAUCAAAGUCUUACCCCGACCUCAGCCAAUACCAGAGCGAUGCGGCACAAGCUCCCCAGCAGGAAGAGGGUUUAGACCUGCUCACGGCCGCUCUUCAGAAGUAUCUUUCCAAGAACAAACCGCCUCAGCCUGAUCUGGGGGGAAGAUCCAGAGCGGAUAGGCUCUUCUUAAAAGAUGGAUCAACAAAAUCUUCUGCCAGUGACUCUCUUACACCCGUGGAUGAAUCCUUCAUCUGGAAAGUUCUGCAGAACGUGGGAAGACACAGUGUGGAUGUGAAGAGUCUAAAGGCAACAGAUCUGGAUAAGCUUGCUGUUCUUAUCGCAGACGCUCUGCAGGUGGUGGAACAGCAGGAAGGUCAGGGAGAGGCGCCCAGAGACCUGGAGACACAGCAGCAUCCCGAGGAUGAGGCAGAAGACAUGCAAUAUGAGGACCAGCAUCCUGAGAGUUAUGCAGUGGAUCAGACCCCUGAAGACAGUGCUCAGAAACAGAGGGAGGCAGAUGAGGAAAGUUCAUCUGUCACUCAAAAGACAGAUCAAACCAUCCUGCCUGUGACAGAGGGACAGACAGUAGAGGAGGAGAAGAGAACCAUGGACAACAAGCAGGACGUGGGCUUUUUAGGAAAGUUGCUGGAGUACCUGGAUAAAACCUCCAGCUCAGAAACAGAGCCUGUUGAUAAGGGGCGGGGAGUGUCUGUAGAGACGGUUCAUAGCCGAACAACACACCGGGAGGUGGGGAUGCAGAAAAAGGCCAUAGAGAGAGUGGAGGAGGUAGAGGGCUGGGUGCAGGCAGCAGCUAUAGCGCCCUCCUCUGGCCUAAAGGAAAACCCGGCACCACAUCGCAAGAACAUGAAAGUAGAGGAUCUUCAGUUGGAUGUUCAGAGCAACGCUAAAAAUGACAUCUAUGGAUACAUUAUUACUGACACAGAGAAUCUUCUCACUGAUAAGGGUUUGUAUCUGAUGGGGUUGCUGGCUCAUAAAGCGAAGAUUCAAAUGACGGAUUUCUCAGAGCUCUCUGUUGUUAGUCCAGCUGUGACAUUUCAGGUCCGUCCAAAUGCUCAGAACAUCACUACAACGGAUGUGGCUAAUGUAGCAGUCAAUCAAAAAGAUGAACUGGAGAAAGAAGCGAAAGUCAAGAUUGUGGAGGCUGGAGUCACUGAUAGAAGUAAACUGAAUCAGAUUCCCACCAAGUACAGUCGCUCUGAGUCUAUGAAGUUUCUGAUUCUGACUGUGAUUUCCAUCAUCUGCAUCACUGGAGUGUUGCUGGCGUCCAGCGUGGUCUACUGUCUGCGUCACCGCUCUCAUCACAAACUCAAAGAGAAGCUCACCAACCUUGGCUCUGACCCCACCACUGAUGCCACUGCUACCUACCAGGAACUGUGUAGGCAGCGAAUGGCAGUGAAGCCUCCUGUAGAGAAGUCGGAUCCUAUUCAUUCUUCUCGUAUAAAUAGCGUGUCAUCUCAGUUGAGUGAUGGCCCGAUCCCGAGCCCCUCUGCUCGCACUAGCACCUCCUCCUGGAGCGAAGAGCCCGCUCACUCCAACAUGGACAUCUCUACUGGUCACAUGAUACUGGCAUAUAUGGAAGACCACCUGAAAAAUAAGAAUCGUUUGGAGUCAGAGUGGGAGGCUCUCUGUGCAUACCAGGCUGAGCCCAAUGCCACCACCAUUGGCCAGAGAGACAGCAACGUCAAGAAAAACCGCAUGAGCACAGUCAUAGCCUAUGAUCACUGCAGAAUAACUCUGAAGGUGGAGAACAAUCAAGGCAACUCGGAUUACAUCAAUGCCAGCCCAAUCAUGGAUCAUGACCCUCGUAACCCUGCGUACAUCGCCACUCAGGGCCCGCUGCCCUCCACCGUGGCUGACUUCUGGCAGAUGGUCUGGGAGAGCGGGUGUGUGGUGGUUGUCAUGUUGACUCCUCUCUCUGAGAACGGUGUGAAACAAUGUUACCACUACUGGCCCGAUGAAGGCUCCAACCUCUAUCACAUUUAUGAGGUGAAUCUGGUUUCUGAGCAUGUGUGGUGUGACGACUUCCUGGUUCGGAGCUUUUACUUGAAAAACAUGCAGACUAAUGAGACCCGUACGGUCACACAGUUCCAUUAUCACACCUGGCUGAACGACCGAACACCCGAAACCAGCCAAACCCUGCUCGACUUCCGCAGGAAAGUAAACAAAUGCUACCGUGGAAGGUCCUGUCCUGUCAUUGUUCACUGCAGUGACGGCGCUGGACGGACUGGGACGUAUAUUUUGAUUGACAUGGUGUUGAAUAAAAUGGCCAAAGGUGCAAAAGAGAUUGAUAUUGCUGCUACACUGGAACACCUGAGAGACCAGAGACCUGGCAUGGUUCAGACCAAGGAUCAGUUUGAGUUUGCACUGACGACUGUAGCUGAGGAAGUGAACGCUAUUCUCAAAGUCCUGCCACAGUGAUGCUUCCUUUCUUCCUACCUUUCUGUUUCUCUCUCCCUUGGUUGUAUAUAAACUCUGAUCCCAUUUAUGAAAAGAUAUAUGUCCUAAAGAAACUAUUUUGUCUGUAAAACGAUUGGACUAUAUUUAGUAGUAAUUAGGAAUUGUGUAUUGUUUUAGUUCUGUGUGAAUAUGAAAGGACAUUUUAUUUUUCUUCUUCAUUUCUUUACUUCACAAUUUUCUUCUUCAUUUCAGAUAUUAAUUACUCUCUUAUCAUUGCUUUUUCUAUUGCAUAUCCCACAGAAAUUUCAACUAAGGCCAGAUCUGUUCUAAAUAUAUAGUUAAUUGGACCUGAAUUUAUGAAAUUUAUCUGUACGUGCUUUGUUGUUUAAGAUUUGGAACUGUGUUCUACGGGUUAUGUGUGACAACUACAGUUUUUCUGAUUAUCAGAGACCCACACAAAGCGUAAACAUCUUGCAUGUGAGAUUUAUACCAAGAACAUGAGUAGACAAAUGCUGCCUUUCCAAGCCAAGGAAACGUUUAAAUCAUUCAUGAAUCAAAACAUUAAAUCAUGAUGUUCAACUUGACCUGAACUUUUAUUAUAAGACUAAAACUACCACUUUCAUUUGGUACUAAAACUUAAUCUGCUCACAAAAAACAGUGUGGAUAGCAAGUAGAAAUGCAUGCAAAACCUGUGCGGUUGUGCUUUAUGAACUUACAGCAAACUUGUGCAUAGAAAAUGUAAACAAAUAAAGGCUGAGUCGUUAUUGCCUGAUUCUGGCAAAUUACAGUCUGAUCUCCAUGCUGUUAUUCUAGUUUCAUGAGAAUAAGGUUCAGAUCAGUGAACAUCCACAAGAGCAAUAAACAUUCACUCAUUUUAAUAAGAACCAUCAAAGGAAAUAAGGGAAUUAGAUUCUGACGCUCUAUGUGGAUAUGCAAUUCAUCUCUUAAUACAGAUAUUAAUGUAGCCUGACCCAAAUAGCAGCUCAUACAUCAACAAGUAAACAUAUGAGGCUGUUCCUGAGCUAUCUGCAUUGAUCCUAAAGAUUCAUUAUGGAUAUGCUGUAAAAGUGAUAUGAUAAAAAAAAGUGAUACAAAUAUUCUGUGUGAUGGUUCGGUUUCUCUGUAACAUGUCUUUAUUGACUAUUUGAGUAAUCGUUGUUAAACCCCCAUUGAUAAAAUUGAUCAUUACUAACAAGCUCAUCUGUAUGACCAAGUUUAGUCUGUGCAUAUUUAAAUUCAAAUGUAACAGACUAUCAGUGUGUAUUGCGACUGAAUAACCAAAGCUGUUUUGAUCCUGUGCAGCUCCAUAAUAAAUUUUUGUGUCUGUGAAGUAAAGCACAUA